AUGGAUGAAGGCAGCACGAGGCAGUCACCAGAUGACUCGGUUUGGGAAGCUCGAAUAUAUAAAUGCAAACCAGAGCGCAAAAAUGGGAAACGUCAAAUGAUUAGCACUGAUGUCGUGCAGGGCGCGGCGUGCGUGUUGGCCCGGUCGGAACGCGGCGCGGCACACACUAGGGCGGGCGGCGAACACGGCAGCGUUACGUCAGCGAGGGGCGCGGGCCGCGGGCAGUGGGGGGUGAAGGGCGCCCCGCACUACUGCAUCCUCCGAGCGCCCAUCUUCGCCCGGUUCUGCUGA